AAUAGACCUUUCACAAUGGCAACAGUUUCUCUGUGGCUAUUAUCGUUAUCAAUCCUUGUCGUUCUCAAGCUCAACAUAGCGAAUGCCAAAUUCCAUUAUCAUCGGUAUAUGCUGUCCGAUUACAGGCCACAGCAUAGAAGCAAAGUUCAAUCGGACUAUAAACGACUACCGCGUCCCACUUAUCCGGCGGAAAAGCGAAUUAUGCUUAGGUCAGGUACGGAAGAGCCGAUGGUAGAUAUGAUCGGAAAUGGUGAACCAGUACGGCUGCAUGAUCUACUGGUGCGCAUAUACAAUGGCGACAAAUUCAUUUGCAUUGGAACACUUUUGACCGAGCAAACAGCCAUAACAGCUGGCACCUGCUUCCAAGGUGCACAAGGACAGAAUUAUACCGUCAAGACCUCAACGGAUCAGACCAUCGGGUUGUUCAGCCGAAACAUAGACGUGUCUCCCAUUAAGGACGAGGAUUCGGUAAUAACCUUGGUGAUUCUAACGGUACCCGUGCCAAAUGUAAGGAUUACAUCACAGCUCUGUUUAAGCAGUCUGCUGGCUAAUAUGUAUGUGGAGCUGCCCACAUACAGUCACACCCGUCGUGUGGUGCAAAAUCAACUUUCCCAGGUGCUGCCCCUGGCUGAUUGUCGGCAGCAAUUGAAUGAUACGGACGGCAACAUUGUGACCAAUGGGAUGAUCUGUGUUAAGAACGAGAAGCACACGGAAAAAUGUCAGAAGACAUUUGGCAGUCCCUUGAUUUACGAGAACAGGAUCUGCGGCGUCAACUUGCUGGGUCACAAUUGUCCCAAGAAGUUUAGCGUCGAUCUGUACGCCGCCGUCAUGAAUGAAGCCGAAGUGAAAAACAGCAGCAUUUCAAACAUUGUCGCUAGCGACCUAGAGGACGCCAUACUCUGAGCCAGUGGAAUAUAAUUUAUAUCGCAUAUUUACAAAUUCUUAUUGGUCGAAUAUGCGAAAGAAUAUAAUACAAUAAUUUUUGAAAUGUUUAAA